CCGGUGGUCUGUCCUGGGGAGGACAUGGAGGCCUGUUCUGGGGAGGGGACUCGGUGGUCUGUCCUGGGGAGGACAUGGAGGCCUGUUCUGGGGAGGGGACCCGGUGGUCUGUCCUGCCGAAGGGACCCGGUGGUCUGUCCUGGGGAGGGGACCCGGUGGUCUGUCCUGGGGAGGGGACCCGGUGGCCUGCCCUGCGGAGGACCUGGUGGCCUGUCCUGGGGAGACCAGGAGCUUGCAGAUCAGUUCUGUAAUGCCAUUGGCGUGUUACAGCAGUGUGGUCCUCCCGCCUCUUUCAGUAACAUCCAGACAGCCAUCAACAAAGACCAGCCAGCCAAUCCCACGGAAGAGUAUGCCCAACUUUUUGCAGCACUGAUUGCACGAACAGCAAAAGAUAUUGACGUUUUGAUAGAUUCCUUACCCAGUGAAGAGUCAACAGCUGCUUUACAGGCUGCUAGCUUAUAUAAGCUGGAAGAAGAAAAUCACGAAGCUGCUACCUGUCUGGAGGACGUUGUUUACCGAGGAGACAUGCUUCUGGAAAAGAUCCAGAGCGCACUUGCUGACAUUGCGCAGUCACAGCUGAAGACCCGGAGCGUCACCCGCAGCCAGUCUAUGCCCGACUCAUAGGACUCAUAGCGUCGCGGACGCGUGACUGAGAAAAGAUGGUUGAAGGCCGCAUCAGACUAGGAUGUGGCCCUGCCAGCAGCUACAACCUAUGCUGCGACUCUGACCUUCUCAACUGGUUCUCAGUGUCUUCUCUUUCCACGGGAUAAGUCAAAAGCCUCAACGUUACUAUUGCCCUGGAGUCAUCCUCAAACAUCAUCACGUCGUUUUUACCUGACUAGAAUUUUCAGGGUAGAUACUGUGCUAACGAUCACGAUAUAAUUAAACAAACACAAACAUACAAUAAAUCUCUUCGAUGUUU